UGUAUGCCUCCGGGGGGUGACGCGCGCAGGGGGUCGCCCCGGGGGCGGAGCCACGCUCGCUGCUCAGCGAAGCGUCUGGUCGCAUUUUUAACGUGAUAUGAGCCCGCUUUGUGCUGCGGGGGGAUACGCUAUCUCCGUCCCCUCCCCCCACGUCUAAAUCCGACCUCCACUUGUGUGUGGAAUUAUAUCUGUAUCUAUGCACGUGCGUACGGGUGUAUAUGUAUGGAGAUACAGUCCCUUCCUUAGACAAUAUUCAUUAUUUAAGAAUUAUUUUUUUUUCCAUCUUUUAAGAUGACAGCUCUUCCAGGUCUACUCUCAGCCAGGAGAACAGAAAUUUGAUGGGCUCUUAUCACAUUACAUAUGCAACACAGGACUUUUUGGGGGCAUGUUUUCACAGUGGCACUCUUUGGCACCAUCCAACACUGUUGUUAGAGGAAGAGCUGGUUUCCAUUGAUGAAGAACUGCAGGUGCUAGAAAUCCAGAUUCAGGAACUACUGGAAAGACAACAGGAGCUUAUUAAUAAAAAGACAGUGUUAAAGAGAAAAAUAAAACAGUUUUCAGAUGAUUCAGAAGCUGGGGGAAGCCAAACAAAUGAUUCUGCUAAGUCUUGGGACAAACAAGACUUUCCAUGGUCUGAGAAUGUCACAGCUGCACUACAAAAGACCUUUAGACUCCAGAAAUUUAGGUCUCUACAACUUGAAACAAUAAACGUUACAAUGGCAGGGAAGGAUAUAUUUCUUGUCAUGCCUACAGGUGGUGGAAAGAGUCUGUGCUACCAGUUGCCAGCAGUGUGUUCUGAUGGUUUCACACUUGUGAUCUGUCCUUUGAUCUCACUCAUGGAAGAUCAACUAAUGGUUUUACAGCAGCUGGGAAUAUCGGCAUCUUCAUUGAAUGCUUCAAGUAGCAAGGAACAUGUGAAGUGGGUUCAUGCUGAAAUGUUGGAUAAGAACUCCAACCUCAAACUCAUUUAUGUGACUCCAGAGAAAAUUGCAAAAAGUAAAAUGUUUAUGUCGAAAUUGGAGAAAGCUUAUCAAGCAGGAAGACUUGCUCGUAUUGCUGUGGAUGAGGUUCAUUGUUGUAGUCAGUGGGGACAUGACUUCAGACCUGAUUACAAGUCACUUGGUAUCUUAAAACGACAAUUUCCCAAAGCUCCAUUAAUUGGAUUGACAGCAACUGCAACAAGUCAUGUUUUAAAGGAUGCCCAGAAAAUUUUGUGUGUUCAGAAAUGCAUUACAUUUACUGCGUCUUUCAACCGGCCUAAUCUUUUCUAUGAAGUUCGGCAAAAGCCUUCAAAUGCUGAGGACUUCAUGGAGGAGAUUGUUAGGAUCAUCCAUGGAAGAUACAAAGGGCUCUCAGGAAUUAUCUACUGCUUCUCCCAGAAGGACUCAGAGCAGGUUACCUUUAGCUUGCAGAAGUUGGGAAUUAAAGCAGGAGCUUACCAUGCAAAUAUGGAUGCUAAGGAUAAGACCUCAAUUCACAGGCAAUGGGCAGCCAAUAAAAUCCAGGUGGUAGUGGCAACCGUUGCAUUUGGUAUGGGAAUUGAUAAAUCUGAUGUGAGGUUUGUAAUUCACCAUUCGAUGAGCAAAUCUAUGGAAAACUAUUAUCAAGAGAGCGGGCGUGCAGGUCGUGAUGACCAGAAAGCUGACUGCAUUUUAUAUUAUGGUUUUGGAGAUAUCUUCAGAAUCAGCACAAUGGUUGUGAUGGAGAAUGUAGGGCAACAGAAACUCUAUGAUAUGGUAUCUUACUGCCACGACGUAAGUGGGUGUCGCCGGGUACUGAUAGCUCAUCAUUUUGAUGAAGUGUGGGAUUCUGCAAACUGCAACAAAAUGUGUGAUAACUGCUGUAGAGAGAAAUCAUUUGAGAAAAUGGAUGUAACUGGAUGCUGCAGGGAUCUAAUUAAGAUAUUGGAGCAAGCGGAUAACAUGAGGGAAAAACUCACCCCACUGAAGUUAAUUGAUGCUUGGCUGGGGAAGGGUUUGUCCAAGUUACGAGUUGCUGAUGUUGUUUCCCCAAAGUUCCCUCGUGAUGAACUGGAGAGGAUUGUUGCUCAUUUAAUACUGCAGCAGUAUCUGAAGGAGGAUUUCAGUUUCACAGCUUUUGCUACAAUAUCCUACUUGAAGAUAGGACCAAAAGCUAACCUGCUGAAAAAUGAAGCACAUGUCAUUACCAUGCAAGGGAGACUAGACAGGAAAAGUGCAAUCAAGCUCAAAUCUCCUCGGCCUUCUUUCUCUGAAGGGACUGGUGGAAAAGCACUUAACACUUCAGGGACUGUCCAAAACUCAACUGCAAAGAAGGCAAAGGAGCAUAAAUGGUCUUGCGAUGAGAGCGACUUAAAAGCAAAGAAGCUUAAACUUGAGAAAGAUGACAAUGACCAGAUAGUGGUUCUUGAUUGAGUUUUAGAAAGAAAAGUACAUAUAGCACCCUGUCAUACUUGCUUCUCUGUGGAAAACCCAGUGCAUAAGUAUAAGUUGUAUUUUAGUUACUGUAUUAUUUAAAAUCCAAAUGUUAUGUAUUAUUCUGCCGAAAUGUCUGGAAAACAAAUAUGUCCAAUUCCUGGCUGUCUUCUCCCUCCCCAAAACUGACAAAAAUAUCUAGUAUCACAGUGGUAAGUAGCUAAAGGGGGGAAAAACACAAAAGCUUUAUAUCAAAGAACAUGAGCAAGCAAACUACUGUGCAGUUAGAAUAGAGUGGAAAUCACUGUCACCAGUAAUAGACUGUAUGCAUGCUCUUGCCUUGCUGGAAUUGAGAGCAGAUAAAAGGCAACUUGCCAUUCUUCUUUUUGUGGUGGAUUGAGAGCAGGCAUAACGUUAUCAUAGAAUAGCUGAUGCACUAUAACUCUCUUGUCUUCCAGUAGCUUGUUCAUGUGGCCAUGCUCAAAGUAAUAUGUAUCUGGUGAUAUGAAGGUAGUAACUGAAGUGCAAGUCCUUUUGUUUUUGUUGCCGCCUUUGCCAUCUUUAUUUUACACAUGAGAUAUGAUGGUAUAAGAUACUUUUGUAUUAGAUGCACUUACAACUUCCAUAUAGACAAAAGGCAUCUUUAUUACACUGCUUCUUGUGAUAGGAAAAUUAAAUUAGACCAUUUGUUCACAUACAAGAAUGGAAAUGCUCAUCUUAAUUUAACUCUUGGAAACUGAUGCCAGAUCUUAAACUUUCCAACUGAAAUAAAAAACCAAAGGAAUUUAAGGGUAGGAUUUUCAAGAGCAUCCAACAGGAUUAAGUACUAUAUUCCAAUAAAAAGUAACAUUUCUUGGUAUUUGAACAGAUUUCUUUUGGGUUAGUUUUGCAUUACAUUAUUUGGGGACUGUACACACAGUUGUUUUGCUAAUUAAAUAAAAACAAAUUUUACACUCAGACCGUAGAAAAAGUUUGGUGCAUUUGAGACUGGCUCUACUCUAGUCCAUUUUAAAGUCAGUGGGAGGUCUGCCAUUUUCUGAGGGAUGAUCACAUCCCUCUGCUCCAGUCUGUGCUGGGGUAGACUGUGGCAGCAUUCUCCAGUGAUCUGUUGGAGCAUGUGCUCCGUAGCAUGUGGAGCAGUGGUAGAAAUGUUACUUUUUAUCCUUAUACCAAGAUUCGUAAGUGCUUCAGGCUUAGAAUAUAGCCUCUAUAUAGACUUGGAAUCUGUUUUGUAAGAUCAGUGCUUUUUGUGAGAAGUGUAUCUAUUCAUUUAAGAAUAUCUACUUUUUAUGCAAAGAAAACAGAAACUGAACAAGCCCUAUUUCUAACACUGAUCUAUCUGCUUAGAUCAGCAUUUCUCAACCCAUGGGUCAUAACCCAAAGUGGGUUGCAAGAAAGGGUCAUGAACAAACUUUAAAAAUGGAUUCUCCUUUUAAAGAAGGAAAACAGGGGAA